AUGUGUGGGGGUUUUACGUGCUCGAAAAAUGCUCUCACGGCAUUGAAUAUUUUGUACAUUGUAGUAGCAUUCAUACUAAUUGGAGUAGCAGUGUACGGCCGAGCAUCAGCAUUGGUAACAAACCUCCCAAUAAUCGGUGGAAUCUUAGCCUGCGGAGUAAUUUUAAUCCUUAUAUCAAUAUUGGGUCUGAUUGGAGCUGUCAAGCACCACCAAGUUCUUCUCUUCUUUUACAUGCUCAUUUUAUUCUUGCUGUUUUUGGUACAAUUCAGCAUUGCUUGCGCCUGUCUUGCCGUAAAUGCCAAACAACAAGAGCAAUUAGCAGAACAGGGAUGGAAACGCGUUGGAAUGGAACUGAAGAGCAAAGUACAGACUAAUUUUAAUUGCUGUGGAUUUAAUGGAACUGAUAUUAUUGAUAUUGACCCGAAAAUGCACCCAUCUUUGUUACUUAUGAAAAACACUGCAGGUAGCGCUAAAGUCGUCACAUUUUCACACACGGGAUUGGAAAUUUAA